ACAAGGCAGAUCCGAACAAUGUCAAGACAGCUGUUACACUUUCUCACAUGAAGAGUAUGUUUCAGGGUGCGGAAGGUGAUGUAGAAAGGAAACAGGAGGCUAGAGAUGCUAGUCAGCGUGACGACGAUCUUCCAGCUACAGAUGCAGAUGAAGCUAUUGGAGGAGAACAGUCUUCAAAUCUCUGUGCACCUCGUAGUAAGCCCACGGAAACUCAAACAGCAGAUGGCUGCCCUACAGGUUUGCAAUCAACCGCAAGAGGUUCUGCCAUUGACGAAAAAGAUCGUGAAGCGGCCUUUCACUCGAACGACGAGUUAUCUUCUACUCCGGCAAGAGUGUCAGCUGUCAGUGUCACCAACAGGAAUCCAGCCUUCUGUCUUCUGAUUUCU